GUUACACACAGAACAGAGGAAUGCAAGGAAGAAGGAUGAAAGUCAGGCUGUUCACCUCCUCAUCAGCCUGAAUGUGGUUUGUUCACAGAGAGUGUGAAAAGAUGCUGCUCUUCCUGCUCCUGGUGUUUCUGCCCGUGGUUCCCAUAGAAACAGAGGUGGUGAGGACUUUGGCCGACUGUCCCGGUUUCUUUGUUGAAGAUACACCACCAGUCAUCCCAAACAUCUUAGAAGGGGGCAGCAUCCUGAACCAGAACCGCUACAAAGUCAUCUGCCAAACUUUUGAAAACAAGAGAAGAUUUCUGACGCUGUAUGACACAACAAACAAGAUUCCAGUUUUUUCUGCGUACCGCUUCACUGGAGCAGCAGAAACAGGAAGACCAAAAGACAGAGACAUUUGGAAAAUCGAGCCUCAGCUUGAUGAGGACAAAAAUAUGAGAAAGCUGGAAGAUUCCAACCAGGCCCUAAACAGUGAUUAUGUGAAUAACCAGGGCUACAAUAGAGGUCAUUUAUAUCCAAACUGUCAUGCACAAGACUGGAAUGAUAAACUCUCAACGUUCACUCUGACGAAUGUUGUCCCUCAGUCCAUACCUUUCAACAGUGGUAGCUGGGCUCAGAUGGAGCGAUGCACCAAAUGUUUCAUGGAAAAUAACUGCAUCAAUACAAACGGUAGGAUUGAAGCCUUUGUGGUGGCUGGAGCAGAACCAGGUGAGACGAAACUCAACAACAAGAUUAACAUCCCAUCCAGGAUGUGGUCGGCUUUCUGCUGUUAUAACAGUAGAGACGGUGUUUGGUUGUCAAAGGCAUACUGGGGACACAAUCAGCCCAACAUGUGCGAUCUGGAUGAAAGGUCUUGUAAAGAUAUAAAGGAUAGUUUUGGUAUUCAGAUUUUUCCUGAGAGCUUGUGUUCUUCCAAAAAGGAUGUGAAGCCCCCCAAAAAACUAAUAUCGAGAAGAACAAUUUUUUGUAGUAAAAGUCCUUGUGAAUGCUUACUGGAAAACUCAACCACAACUGCACCUCCCACCACCAAAGACCAGACAUCAGAAACACCAACAACUGUCAUAACAACACAAAAAAUGACCACCACUCUACCAACAACCACUAAAACAACUCAAACUACCACAUCUACCACCACUAGAUCGACUAAAUCUACUACGAAGAAAAAGAAAGAUAAGGAAAAGGAGAAUAAGGGCAGGAACCCUGGAAAUGAUGGAGGAGGAGGAGGAGGA